AUGUCGCAUCAUCCCCUCAGCUCCUUCUACUUGAACGCCGUUCCUGGGAAACCUUCCCUCCCCGUUGCUUUGCCCCGACCAGAGACAAGAAAGAAGAACAACAGCCGCCGCUCUUCCCUGCUUCAGUCGGUUCGGACGCCUACUCAAAUCGAAGCCGGACGACCUUCCUUGCUUCGUCCGUCCACCGAGCGCCGGCGCGAGACGAAGGAGCUCGCUUUCUCGGUCUCGUUCCUCCGGCCGCCGAGCGACGACUGGAGUCCUUGUUCCUCCCGCCGAGCGCCGACGCACUGA